AUGCCUCCAUCCAAGCAACUUGAGGGUACAUCCGAAUCAUCGCAGUUAGAGCCAACGAUUGACGAAAAUACGGCCUUGCAAGCACACACCCUGCUAUGCCACCUACGAGUUUCUGGUCUCAGAACUCAAGGCUCCGGCAUUCGAAAAGUUCACCGUGGUUCUGAAAGAUAUGAGAAAGCCGAGAAAUAUUGA